AUGACUCUAAAAUUUGGAGUUUCAUUAGGGUUGGGAUAUUUUAGGAUCGGCCCAUUGACACUCUGGGCCGACCCAUCUCCCUCUCUCACUCUCUCUUCCCUUCUCUCUCCCCUCUCUGGCGCUACGCCGCCGCUCCUCCCUCCUCGUCGUCCCCCGCGCCGGUCCCCCGGCUAGCCCCUCCGCCUCUCCACCGCCGCCACCCGCGCCGCCAUCUCCGUGGGCGACAGGCUCCCCGACGCCACCCUCUCCUACUUCGACCCCGCCGGCGAGCUCCAGACCACCACCGUCUCCGCCCUCACUGCCGGGAAGAAGUCGAUCCUCUUCGCCGUCCCGGGGGCCUUCACCCCGACCUGCUCGCAGAAGCACCUGCCGGGGUUCGUGGAGAAGGCCGGGGAGCUGAAGGCCAAGGGCGUGGGCAACAUCGCCUGCAUCUCCGUGAACGACGCCUUCGUGAUGCGGGCGUGGAAGGAGAACCUGGGCAUCGGCGACGACGUCAUGCUGCUGUCGGACGGGAACGGGGACUUCACGAGGGCGAUCGGGUGCGAGCUCGACCUGAGCGACCAGCCGGUGGGGCUUGGGGUGCGGUCGCGGCGGUACGCGCUGCUCGCGGAGGACGGCGUCAUGAAGGUGCUCAACCUGCAUUUUCCCCCGGGGCCCGCUUCUUCUCUGGUUUGCCGUGUUGUUCUGGCGUCAGAUCUCGCCCCCCGCCCCUGUUCAUUUUGGCGAGGGUUCUGUGGGUCCGUGCCUACCCGUUAGGAACUGGAGCUGGAA